GGCGUGAAUGGAAAGCAAACGUAUCGAAAACAAGAACAAUUAGAAUAAGGCGAACGGGGUCCGUUGAUGGGCUGGGUUCUGCGAAGCGGCGCAUCUCAUACGAUAAAACACGCGGCAAUAGCUACGUAAACGGUUCGGUUUUGAUUAGUGCAAAGGUGCUGUGCCAAGGGACACGCUUCCAUCAUGAGCAAAAAGUGCGCCAGGUGCGAGAAGACCGUCUAUCCCACUGAAGAACUCAAGUGUCUGGACAAAAUAUGGCACAAGCCCUGUUUCAAGUGCAAAGAGUGCGGCAUGGCCCUCAACAUGAGGAACUACAAGGGGUUCGACAAGGAACCGUACUGCGAAGCACAUAUACCGAAGGCAAAAGCGACGACUAUGGCUGAAACGCCGGAAUUGAAGCGAAUUGCGGAGAACACCAAGAUCCAGUCAAACGUCAAGUACCACGCCGAUUUCGAACGGAGCAAGGGCAAAUUUACACAGGUGGCAGAUGAUCCGGAGACGCUGCGCAUCAAACAGAACACGAAAAUCAUCAGCAACGUGGCGUAUCAUGGGGAGCUGCAGCGCAAGGCGCAGAUGGAACAACGGCGCCAGAUUAACGAGAACGGAUACAGGCCGGCGCCGGCGGCGGCUGCGACAGCGGCAGCUGUUGAGGAUCAGAGGAACGCCAACGUGAAAGAGUAUCAGCCGCCGGCGCAGCAGCCGCAGCAACAGAUGGUUAUACCGCCGCCCCCGCAAACAGCAAUAGGACAACUGCAACACAUAGGCAAAAUCAGCGAUUAUGAUCCGCAGAGCGGGUCCCAAUUCAACAGUCCAUAUUCGUCGCGAACGUCUCAAACUCUCAUCUAUUCAUCAGAUGUCGGGACGGUGAACAAUCCACCCGCCAGACAUAUCGGCUCGGUACUGGACAUGGACCCGGUCAACCACAACUACGGCUCGUUGGGACGGGUGUACAAAGCGAUGUACGAUUAUGAAGCCCAAGACGAUGACGAGGUGAGCUUCCAGGACGGAGAUCUGAUCAUAAACGUGAGCAGCAUCGACGGCGGUUGGAUGACGGGCGAGGUGCAGAGGACCGGACAGGUGGGCAUGUUGCCGGCGAACUACGUGCAACUGGCCAACAUUUAAAUAGCCCGUGCAACUCGUACUCUGUUGGCCACGACUUGCCAUUCACGUAAAUCUCGCGCUCCAUCAUCCCCCGUUUUGGUUCUGAUAAAAAAAGAGUAUUUAUUUCGCGACCACGAGAUUUCUUUCCGAUUGUUCAUUCCCAAUGCAUUUAUUCGUAAUCAAUCAUUCCUCGUAAGACUAAAUUUCGUGCCUUUGACAAUUUUUUAAUAAUGUUCAGUCAAUACUGUUUUAUAUAGGACUUAUAUGUAAAUAAAUAUACCAAUUUUACGAUUAUUGUUAACAUAAUUUGUUAUUGGUUGAUGUUGAAAUUGGACCAAUUCUUUCUAAUUCCGGUGCUAAGUUUUAACUAAAGUUAUAUCUUCCUUUACAUCACUGACCAAUUUUUUCUUAUAUCAAUACGACGUUUUUGGCAUGUAUUAAUAUUACAUAAAAAUUAGGAUAGUUCAAUACCCUUAUGCUUUAAUUUUAUGAAUCAUCAUUAUUAUAUGUUAAAUAAAAUGUAUUAAGAAAUUUAAA